UUAUUAUUAAUACUUUAUCAUUAGCAUUUAAUGGAGCCCAUUAAAACAUAUUGCUGACUUUAGCCAAUCUUUACUGUUGACAUUUCUUUUUCGUUAUUGCUAUUUGUCUGAUAUUGUGAUUGCUCGCGUUAAUGUGGCAAGGUGUAAUCUUCAAUAACUGCCUUAGAUGGGACCAUACUGGCAGCCACUUUUGCCACCGCAGCAAGGCCAGGGUGUCUGCCACUUAUUUAGCUGGGAAAUUUGGUCAACUUUAUAACCCAGUAAGUCCACACAUCAGGAGGACAACCAUAGCGCAGUCAAAUGAUGCAUCACAUCGACAGAAUGAAAGGACACAUGGCAACGACAGAGGGAGACAACACAAUCAAAUGACAAGGAAGGCAGCAGACGACAGAAGCAAGCUGAGUUGACACAGUCAUGUGAACCAUUGACAUAGACGAUGUUUCAGUGGAUGUCUACCAGGUGCAGCUCGCCCUUCCCUAGGACCAUCUGCGCUGAGACGGUGAAAAUCUUUACCCUCAGGUGGUUCCGCGUUCACCACCGACCAAACCCCUUCCUGCCUCGACUGACUCCUGCAUCCUCCUCAAGCACCGGAGAGGAUUCAGCCAAGGCUAUUGAAGAGACCAAGGCUUUGGCUGCGCAGGCGCUGGCCAGCGUGUCCUACCAGAUCCACAAUCUGGCCAGCACCCUGCUGAGGCUGCUGGACUCGCAGGCCAUGCACAUCAAAGAAAUGGAGUCCUCAGUCAACUUGCUGUCACUGGCUGCAGCUAUUCACUUCGACAAGAUAGCCAGGAGACAGAUUGGUGUUUCUACUACUCCCAAAAGCAGGAGUCGUUCCAAUCUAAUGACCCCACCGGCUUCGGGCAAGGAGCCAGAGGAAAGCUACUCAAGAGAGCCAAUAUCAUAUUCCAUCUUGGACUCCAUUGGACACAGUUUUGAGGUUGCUGAGCAGCAGCCCACAGUGAGAGCAGGGACCACAGACAGCAUACAGAGAACAGCAGACCACCCUGUAUCCAGUCUUGGCAUUGCUGUGCCUCCACCGUCAGUCCCCACCUUUCAAACCGCCUCCAACCCCACCAACAACAACCUGCCUCCUCCUCCUCCUGCCUAUGUGGACCCUGAUAUGAUUGCUCCUCCUCCUCCUCUACCACCUCCCUCCUUCUCUAUGGACACUGGCCUACCCCCUCUGCCCCCUCCACCGCCAAUCUCUCCAUCAAAUGACAUGUACCCGCCUCCACCUCCUCCUGUAACAGGAGAUGCCCCUCUUCCUCCUCCACCUCCUCCAGUAUCAGGUGCUGGUCCUCCUCCUCCUCCUCCUCCACCACCAGUAUCAGGAGCCAGUCCUAUACCUCCUCCACCACCACCACCACCAGUAUCAAGAGCUGGGCCUCCUCCACCACCAGCAUCAGGUGCUGAUCCUCCUCCUCCACCACCAGCAUCAGGAGCUGGUCCUCCUCCUCCACCUCCUCCUCCUCCUCCUCCACCACCACCAGUAUCAAGAGCUGGUCCUCCUCCACCUCCUCCACCACUAGCAUCAGGAGCUGGUCCUCCUCCACCACCACCACCACCAGUAUCAAGAGCUGGUCCUCCUCCACCACUAGCAUCAAGAGCUGGUCCUCCUCCACCACUAGCAUCAGGAGCUGGUCCUCUUCCUCCACCUCCUCCUCCUCCUCCACCACCACCAGUAUCAAGAGCUGGUCCACCUCCACCACCACCACCUCCCCCUCUUCUACACUAACGAACAUUAUAGUUCAUGUUAUUGGAUGAUUUCAUUCUUUCUAAGGUUGCUCAGAUCACUUGUAUAACUAAUGGUUUUGCCAUUAGGUGGAUGUAUAAGAUGUCUGCAGCAUGGGAAAUAUUUUCGGGAAUGUUGUGAGAAGUUAAGCAUGAAUAAAAGGUUGAAAAAGUGUGUGCAGUAGGUUAACCUUGAGCAGUUUCAUCUGUGUUGAAUGGCACAGUGUGAGCCUGAAUUUACUUUAUUUUUUUUCUUGGGCCAGAACAUCCUGCUUCAAAGUAAAACAUUCUGCUGGGCAGAGAGCUCCAGCAGAGACACCUCCAACAUGUUUCAACAACACCUUGACUGCAUUCCUAAGAAACAUGUUGAAACAGGAAAUCUUGUGUGUCCCUGUUAUUCUGUUUUUUCUCGCCAUAAUGUGAUUUCCAUUCCUCAGUACGUCUUUGCGUUGUUUAUUCCAAUGUAUCUUAAUCAGUAAGACACACCAAACAGCCAGCGACCUUUAGCCCAACACUGCCAUGUGGUGAGAGCAGUGUCAGUAAUGAUAAGUUGUUUACGUCACUGGCGAGUUCUGCUACUUUAAACAGGUCGAUGAGGCUAUAAAAUGUCUGGUGCAAGUCAACACUCUACUUAAACUGCACUACAUGGCAUGUACUUGAAGGUAAGCUUUAUUUUCAUCAAAGAAAAUAUCACUUUAGAUAAGACAGCUUAUCCAAACUUCAAAAAUCUGUGCUGCUUUAAAUUUGACUCAAUUAAGGAAGGGAUGAAAGUGGAGGAACAGUCAAAAGGCCUAAUUCUACUUUUAUCGAUCCAAAUUCAAAUCUAGAAUCUUUUGCUACAUCCCAUGGACGCUAACCUAUGUGUAAUAGGCUAUUUUAACUGUAGUGUUGUGUCGACAAAGUAGUAGCCUAAUUAUAUCUGCCUUAAGGGCAUACUUUUUUGUGUCGGCGUGAUUUAAGGAUACGGAGAGAUAAGGAGCUACCUUUGAACUUCCUACAUAUAAAUGUAUUGCAUAACUCAACGUCACAAUGCAUGACAAACACAGAGUUGCAGUCUUCAAAACCAGAUUUGUCAUUUUGAAUGACAAUGACUCUUCACGUUUUCUUCAGGUGUGAAACCUGAUUUAGAAAAUAAAACUGACAUGGUCAUUUAUUAUCCUAUUAUUGAGUAAGUAUGUCCUCUGUUCCCAGCACGUUAACAUUCAUCUGUAUGCGUGCUGCACGCAUAGUUAAACUGUCCUUUAAUCUCAAGUUGUGUUGUGGAAUCAUUCUGUGGAUUGUUUGCUGCCAUUUUGCAAAGAAACGCAGAGAGGCAGAGGGCUGGCCCCCGAGGCCCACUAACUCUCCAUCUGUGUACAUCAUUUUUUUUUAUUUAUUUAUUUAUUUUUUUAAUUUGACCUUUAUUUUACCAGGAAGUCUCAUUGAGAUCAAAAAGCUCUUUUACGAGAGACCUGGCCAAGGUAGCCCUUUAUAUGAGGAGGAGCGGGAGGAGGAGGAAGACUAGGAAGUAAUGGAUAUAAAUGAAGCAUAUUAUAAACCUUACAGAGAGCCUCCCAUGUACUGCUGCCAGUCCACCUCCUCCAUACCAGUAUUCUCAGCAGGUUGACAUAAUUCCAGCCAUGACUGCAGUAGUGAAUACCUUUCAGUAUAUAUUGCCAGUCUUGGUGGUGUCCAUAGCUGUGGUGCUCUUCUGCUUCUAUCUUCACACAAAAAAGAAAAGAGCAUCAUAUGUCACCACAACUACAAUGCAAGAUGGCAACAGAUCUUCAGUGCUCCACACAAUUUCUUUGUCUGAGGACCAGGCACAAGAGGGCAGACAUUACGACAGAGUCCCUCCUCGGUACAGCACUGUGGAUCGCCCACCACCAUACUCACUGUUUGACCCCAAGCUGACAAGCGUUUUGCCGGGGGGCCCGCCACCUGCCCAUGAGAUGUAUCCGAUAACACUGCCUCUGGCACCAGUGAUGACGGGAUCACACCCACAGGACCUCUGCAUCCAACCCCACCAUCCUCACCCAGCACCCACCCAUAACCACCCGCAGCCAUAGAGGCAUCCACCGGCUAAACUUCAUUUUAACUGACAACCAACACUGAUUAUGCACCUUUUGCCGUGUCUGUGUAUUUUGAAAAAUAGUAUUGUCAUUUAUUUUAUAGAAUAUUGUGAUUUUAACUAAUUUGCAUUAAUAUUGACUGUAGUGAACAGUGAAGUAAUAUUCUCAACAUUUAAAAUGUAUGAACAUCAAAACUACAGUGUAGUUGUGCAACUGAAUCUACACACCAGCAGAAUCAUCAAAGCUCCAAGUGUUUCUCCAUGUUAUACUAUAUACUCUUUAUUACAAUACAGUACUUACAAGUUUCAGGGAAAAUAAAUAUUAAAUAAGUUGCCAGUAUUAUUUUUUUCUACUUUCUAAGAAGGAACAGUGAUAGAGUGUUUCCUUGGCUUUUGAAACAUAUUAAGGCAAAAGUAAGUAUAAAUUCAAAGCCACUGAUAAUAUUGUACUGUUUGUACAUCAGUCAAUAAUAAAAAAAAUGAAAUGUGACAACUUC